AUGCCAAGGUCGUGCUACAGCCGCUCAGGGGCCCUGUUGCUGGCCUUGCUGCUUCAGGCCUCCAUGGAAGUGCGUGGCUGGUGCCUGGAGAGCAGCCAGUGUCAGGACCUCACCACGGAAAGCAACCUGCUGCCCGACCUGGAGUACGGGCUGGUGGCCGAGGUCGAGAAGAAGGACGAGGGGCCCUAUCGCAUGGAGCACUUCCGCUGGGGCAGCCCGCCCAAGGACAAGCGCUACGGCGGCUUCAUGACCUCCGAGAAGAGCCAGACGCCCCUGCUGACGCUCUUCAAAAACGCCAUCGUCAAGAACGCCCACAAGAAGGGCCAGUGAGGGCGCCGCGGGCCACCGGGGCUUCCCUCCCCGGGAAGGCCACCCCGAAGCCCCCUCCUCGCCUGCCCUGUGGCCGCCCGGGCGGUGAUAGAGGCGGAUGUUCAGCCUCUUAAAGCUGUCGGUGAUUCGGAAAUAAAACCUUGCAAAUCUCA